GGUCAGUGCCUAUCGUUGUCGGUGGAUCGUCGGACUGACAUUCAAACCAGGAACAUUUAUGUCUGAAUACCCGUCAGUGUGCGUUGUCUCUCCAGGCAAAUUAAAAAACUGGUUUUGUCAUCGAAGACAAAAAGAACAAAAUGAAAUACGGAUUACAAACAAAGAUUUCGAUGAGGUUGAUCAUUUUACUAUUAUCUUUUGGUAUUUUAACGAAGGCUAAAAUUCUAAACGAAUGUGAAGCCAUGCGUGAACUUCAACGUGGUGGCAUCUCAAGAACAUUCAUGAGUAAUUGGAUUUGCCUGAUGAAGAACGAAAGUGGUAUGAAUACUCAACUCAUCACUGGUCCAAAAGGUGCAUCCAACUAUUACUACGGUAUAUUUCAAAUCAGCAGUAGCAAAUGGUGUACACGUGGUCGCAUCGGUGGUAUUUGUAAUAAACGUUGUGAAGAUUUUGCUAACGACGACAUACAGGAUGACAUAGUUUGCGCUAAAAAAAUUUCUAACAUGGAUGGAUUCAAAGCUUGGAAUGAAUGGACCAAGAAAUGCAAGAACAAACCGUUACCGAAUAUAAGAAACUGUCAAAGACGACGAUGAAUGUCAUAGAAGGAAAUAAUCGUUGAUUAUUUUAAUGAUCUAUAGAAGGAAAAAUACAAAAUAUCAACGAUUUAUGACUUAGAUAAAUAGUACAUCAGUAUGCGUGCCUUUACUGUGUCAAAAGAAGGAGGUAGCGGAGAACAGAACGGUCUUGAAACAACGAACGUGUGGCUGAUAUUCUGGAAAGAUGAUCGUGGCGAUGAAAUUCGAAUGUAGUAUCAGUGACCUCUGCAAAGGUCGUUUCUCCGCAUCGUCUUGAAGAAAGUGAAUCAAUGAGAAACGAAGGUAACAGGUAAAUCUCGGUCACUGUUGCUCUUGAGGUGAUCAAAGCUUGCUCAUCGUAACGGAAAGUACCUUCUAUUGGCAAAAUCUACUUACGAAAAUUUUUUGCCAAACUACGAACGGAUAACUAAAAAUACUAGCAACAAACAAGGAAAUAAGAAAAAUGCUUAUUUCUCAUCGAUUAAAAGAAAGUAACUUUGUUGUAGUUAUUUAAUCGGAGAAUUUCGACUUUACAGAUUUCACUUAACCGAAGAGAAAAUCUUGUUAAACCGAUAAAUCUAACAUCGAUUUAUACAAAGCAACGUUAUAAAUAUAGAAACUACGAAUCUUUGUAAAUCCUAAUCCUCUAUAGCUUUGGCAUUACGCGGAUCGUUAAGAUUGUGUAAUUUCCGUAACGUCGUAAGCAACUCUUCUCUACACUACCGAUCCCUAUACAAAGAUAUAUGAAAUAUCGUUCACACGAAGGAAGUACGAGGCAUCGCAUCGAUACGAUGGCAGCAAGCGCGCACCAAAUGAGUUUUGAAACGGAAAAGAAAGUGCUGAGAUUUGAAACGGUGCUAAGAUGAUUAGGAGGGGAAUGGAAUGGAAUAACGUUCACUACACGAGUUAAUAUUGUAACGUUACCAUUUCCACUUUUGAUUACGUUAACGUAACGUUGAUUGUUCUUUUGAAUUUUGGCGUUUCGAAGUUAAUUAUAAUCGAUCGUAAAAGUCACGAUAUAUAUAUAUAUGUGAAUGUGAUAUCGUGAUAUAUAUGUACGUACAUAUUUAUAUACUUGACGUUUCAUUCGUAUAAUUCUAUCUCUCAGAUGAGACUCUUAGAGAAACUACUAUAUGCGAUCUUUUGCCUAGUAGCCGGUUUCUAAUGCGGGCGGCUGCGACAUGCAGAGGUUGUUAAACGAUUGCCUAAUCGAAAGACAAGAAUGUCUUUAACAAUCCAAUCUUUCUCAUAUACUGCUCUUCGAACUUUGUUAUUUAAAAAAUAUGUCAAUAAAUAUAAAAAACAAAGAAUUUAAAGAAACAAAAAAAAACAUUGCUCUUAAAAUAUUGAAAAACUAUAUGAAUUUAAUUAAUUACCUAGUAAUCGUAAUUUGUAGAUAUAUCUGUCAAAGAGGGAUAAAAUCUAAGAUCUGUCGCAAAUAUUUAUCUUCGUCGAGCAGAUUCGCAUUAGCAUACUAAUACGAGAGGAGAUACUCCAUUACUAAUAGCACACUGUAGUUUUAUAAGUUCAGUGGCAGUCGUGCCAACAUGGAGGUCUUUACUAAAAAUCGCAAAUAUGAAUCGUUGAGAAUACUAUAAAAGUUUUCAUCAAACAUUAACUCAUGAUAUAAAUGGAUUUAUACAAAAUACUUUUUUGAUUAAUUUUUAAUCUACAAUCAUAUAUCGUAUGAUAGAAAAUCGAUAAAUUUAUAUUAUUUCAACGUGAAUCUUCGAUUACGCAUCAUCUUGUGUCUUCCCUUUCACCUUUCACUUUUGGCCUUAACGUAUUAGAUCUUUCUCUUCACUCUUGUUUUCUCGAAACGAUAUCUCAACACAACGAUGCACGACGUACACAAAUCUAAUUCAAUCAGUAUUAUGUAAACAUCCUUGCAUCCUAUGAAAAAUAAUUUAUAAAAGAAUUUUAAUUGUCAAAUUAGCUAUUCAGUAAUAAAUUUCUAAAUAAUUUUGUAGAAAUAUUUUUAUACUACUUUUAAUCACAAAAGUAUUUUAAAUAUUAUAACAAACUUUCAACAAUGUAAUGAGCUACUUUUAUCAAGGCUGGAAAUUACUCAAGGUAAUUAGGAUCGCACUAAAAGAAAGUAACGUUCACGUCUAAGAUGAAAAUAUUCAGAGCUAACACAAAACGCGUAUAUAUUUAUCUAUAUAUAUAUGUAUCUUUGAAUUAAGGGAGAAGAUUCAUACGAGACACUUUUCACACGUUAUUAUAUCCUACAUCCGGCAGGAAAGAUUUCACAGGAUCAAAGAAAAACUUACACGCAAAAGAAAAGAGAAAAAUAUAGAGAGAGAGAGGGAAAAAAUAAGGAGAAAGAGAGAGGGGGGAGGGAUGGAGGGAGAGAGAGGGAGAGAGAAAGAGACAAAGAGAGAGAGAGAGAGAGAGAGAGAGAGAGAGAGAGUGAGGAGGAAGAAGAUGAUACGAGCAAGAAGCUUAUGGCCGAGCGAAAGUGAAGCCUCGAGCACACGGAUCCCCUUCCUUCCCCCGACCUUCUUUCCGCAACCCCGUAACGUCAGUAUUCGAGAAACUCAGAUACAGCACAUGGCACCUUCUCGUGGCUAGGAGGCAGCUCAGAGUUUCCUGAGGCAUUUGCUAAGUAAAGUGCUUGUCACUGGAAGAAAUCGAAAUUUCCUGGCGCCGAGAAUCGAACGUAAAAAGAAAAAAGAAAAAAGAAAAGAAAAUGAUAUAUCUAAAAAUCUACGAAGAAUGAGAAGAAGUAAAAAAAAAUGAAAACUGUUGAGCGUCCUUGUUCACUUGCUGUUCUUUUUAUUUAUUUUUUCUUUAUUUUUUUAUCUUCUUAUACGACGUCGACACGUGAAAGCGAUCGUACAAAAUUUCAUGAGUCUUUUCGAGGUCACACAUAUGUAAGCACGGACAUACAUACAUAUGAGGUCGAGAUAAACAUUUACGAUUUGAGUAUAAAAUUGGGCUACAGUGGAUUAUGAGGAAUAAAAAGAGGUUGAUAAAAAAAUGAGGGAAAGAAUAUAGAAUGUGAAAGAUCAGAAGGAAAGAACAAAAAAAAAGAAAACACGAGGUUGAUGUAUAUCAAGAAGUGGGUCAAAGGGUCACAACUCAGAUAAUUAAUUUCUCAUGGAAGAAAGCGAUUUCCCUCUCGUUUAGUUGUACCAUCACCGAUCGGAUCACAACUGGACGUUGUGAUUCGAAAUGAAAACGUCUUUUCCUGUAAAAAUGUGUACGAAAAAGAGAGAAAGAAUAUGCAGGAUGAGAAACUGGGGAAAUAGAAAGAUGAACGACCGAUAGAAAUUCAUACGAAUUCUUUAAAUUGCGAAUUAUGAUUACGUCAUAGAUAUAUAAAAUAAUUCCGUUUUAGAAAUGAUACAACUGCUAUCCAGUGAUCAUUCGAAAUUGCAGAUUCAAAGAAUCUGAUGUAAAACCGUUGAAUGUAUUGGAAUUUUCAACCACGUUGUUUGCAUUUUGCCCAAUAUCUUAGUAAUCAUAUUCGAAUUUUAGAUGGGUCAUACGUAUAUCGUAUGCGAGACGAAACCAAAAGAACAGGUCCACUUGUCCAUUUACCAUGUUCACUUGUCCACUUGUAAUAGGUAUUCAUAAAACGUUUUUACAUAAGGCAUUGCGGUAUUAAAUUCUUUCGAAAUCAUUGAAGACCCUGAGCAAAUAACGAGAGAUUCGUUAUGUAAACUGUCUAUGAAUGCUUCGCCGAAAAAGAAAUUUUUUUAAUUAUUGUACGUCGAAAUCCUCUAAGUAAUUACAUUAAUUAUUGCAAAAAGAAAUAUUUUUUAUAAUAUAUCGAUACAAUCGAAAAUCGUUUGUCUGUUAAGAUCAAUCACGAUUUUGCAUAGACUACAAAAAUGAUCACAAUGAUCGAUAUACCAAGUUUCAUAGAUAUUGUAAUGGAAUAUUGGGUAUACGGAGUCUAGGUCUAGGACGUAACUUGUAAAUAGUAUUUCACUAUAGUCGACGAAGCAGACUAAAUUUCACAAUUCCUAUAUUCACCAAAUCUCGCGUAGAUAUAUCUUUUAAUAGAGAUUCGAGGGCCAAUCUUUUACACGUAGACCACUGGAAUAACAGUCGAACAAAGUGAGAGAGAGAGAGAGAGAGAGAGAGAGAGAGAGAGAGAGAGAGAGAGAGAGAAAGAGAGAGAGAGAGA